AUGGCAAUAUGUUGUGGAGGAAAGAAGCAGAAAGUAUCUCAUUCAAUAACAAGCUCAAUUAAUAAUCGUCGUUUAUCUGAAAAAUAUAAUGGUAAUGGUAUUGUUGAUCAACAUUAUAAUUUAAAAUCUAAUUCAUCAUCUACAAUACGUCAUCGUUCACAUUCACAUUUUAAUCAUCGUCAAACAAAUUCAAAUCAUUUAUUAAUGCCUCACGAUCUUUCACGUUCAUCUUCAAAUUCAGCAUCAUCAUCAGCUCUUUCUUAUUCUUAUGGUACAUCACAAGUAUCAUCAUUAACAAUUGAUGGAAUUAAUAAUAAUCAUUAUUAUCAUAAAGAUCCAAAAAAAAUUGAUAAAAUGGAUAUUAGUGAUAAUGAUGAUGAUGAUGAUGAAUUCACAAUCAAUAAUACUAAUAAACAACAAAAAAAACUUAGACAAAAUCCUAAUUAUUCAUUACCAUCACAACAAAAACCGCCAAUUGUUCAUGCUGAUAUGAUUUUUUAUUGCUUUGAAAUAUUAGGCAAUUAUUUAUUUAAUGGUAAACAUCAUUUAGCUAAACAUUAUUUAUCAUCAUCAUCAUCAUCAACUAAUGGACAAUUAGUUCCAUCACCUAUUGCUCCUCCGACAUUACCAAAUGAUCCAUAUCCAUUAUUUGUUACAUGGUUUGUCGGAUCAGAACAAAAAUUACGUGGAUGUAUUGGUACAUUUACACCAAUGAAUUUAAUUCAAGGUCUUCGUGAAUAUGCUAUAACAUCAGCAACAAAUGAUAGUCGUUUUUCACCAAUAUCACGUGAUGAAUAUCCAUUAUUAUCAUGCGCCGUAUCAAUAUUAACACAUUUUGAACCAUGUUCAUCUUAUAUGGAUUGGGAUCUUGGUCUUCAUGGUAUACGUAUUGAAUUUUUUAAUGAACGUGGUGCAAAACGUUCAGCAACAUAUUUACCUGAAGUUGCUCAUGAACAAGGUUGGAAUCAUAUUCAAACAAUUGAUUCAUUAUUACGUAAAGGUGGAUAUAAAGCUCCGAUAACAUCUGAUAUGAGAAAAAGUGUUCUUGUAACACGAUAUAGAAGUGAAAAAUUAAUAUUACAUUAUAAUGAUUAUGUACAGUCAAAAUUAAAUUCACCAUUAACAACAACAGCAACAACAUUUUCAUAUACGACAACAAUUCGACAACAAUUUUAG